UUGGCAGCUGUCUCAGACGCAGUUCCCAGAGCCAGGAUCUAGAGGGCUGCUCAACCUAGGUGUCCUAAAGAACUGCGGCGCCCCCCUCCCCCGCGCGCGCGCGGAGGGAAGUCGGGACGAGGUUGGCCCUCGUCGCUCGGUGUCUGGGCGUGGGCCCCGCCGCAGCUCCGCGGAGCCUCCGUGUCUCCUGCAAAGGGGGGCGGGGGAGCCCAGAGCUGCGGCUUCCUCCCGCGCGGAGUCUCCUGCGCACCGCCGAGCAGGACGCCAGUGCCAGCCGGGUCCCCAAGCCGCUGCGCUCCCGGCCUCCCCGCCGCCCACAGAACAAUCAACCAUGACGACCGAAUCAGGAUCAGACUCAGAAUCCAAGCCAGACCAGGAGGCUGAGCCCCAGGAGGCAGCAGGGCCUCAGGGGCACGCAGGGGCACAGCCCGGACCAGAGCCUGCCAGUGGAAGCAGCGGGGAGCCGCCAGCUCUAGAGCAGUUUCCUGCCGCUGCUGCACACAGCACCCCGGUGAAGAGGGAGGUCAGCGACAAAGACCGGGACUUUGCUGCUGCAGCUGCAAAACAACUUGAGUAUCAGCAAUUUGAAGACGAUAAACUCUCUCAGAAAUCAUCCAGCAGCAAACUCUCACGGUCCCCAUUAAAGAUCGUGAAAAGGCCUAAAAGCAUGCAGUGCAAAGUGACACUUCUGGAUGGAUCAGAAUACAGCUGCGACGUGGAUAAGCGCUCCCGAGGACAAGUGCUGUUUGACAAAGUGUGUGAGCAUCUGAACCUGCUAGAAAAAGAUUACUUUGGUCUGACGUACCGAGACGCCGAGAAUCAGAAGAAUUGGUUGGACCCUGCUAAGGAAAUUAAAAAACAGAUUCGAAGUGGUGCUUGGCAUUUUUCCUUUAAUGUGAAGUUUUACCCACCAGACCCUGCCCAGCUAUCGGAAGAUAUCACCAGGUACUACCUCUGCUUACAGCUGCGAGAUGACAUCGUGUCUGGAAGGCUGCCCUGUUCCUUCGUGACUCUUGCCCUGCUGGGCUCCUACACAGUACAGUCAGAACUCGGAGACUAUGACCCCGACGAGUGUGGGAAUGACUACAUUAGUGAGUUCCGCUUUGCACCAAACCACACGAAAGAACUGGAAGAUAAAGUAAUCGAGCUGCACAAGAGCCACAGAGGAAUGACGCCAGCAGAAGCAGAGAUGCAUUUCUUGGAAAAUGCCAAAAAACUCUCCAUGUACGGGGUAGAUUUACAUCAUGCCAAGGAUUCAGAAGGAGUAGAAAUUAUGUUAGGAGUCUGUGCAAGUGGUCUGUUGAUAUACCGUGACCGGCUUCGAAUAAACAGAUUUGCUUGGCCCAAGGUCCUAAAAAUUUCAUAUAAACGGAACAACUUUUACAUUAAAAUCCGGCCAGGAGAGUUCGAACAGUUUGAAAGCACCAUUGGGUUCAAAUUGCCGAACCACCGAGCUGCCAAGCGCCUCUGGAAAGUGUGUGUGGAGCACCAUACAUUUUUCAGACUAUUGCUACCAGAAGCACCUCCAAAGAAAUUCCUGACCUUGGGCUCCAAGUUCCGUUACAGCGGCAGAACUCAGGCGCAAACGAGAAGAGCCAGCGCAUUGAUAGACCGCCCGGCGCCUUACUUCGAACGCUCAUCCAGCAAACGUUACACCAUGUCUCGAAGCUUGGACGGAGCAUCAGUGAAUGAAAACCAUGAAAUAUACAUGAAGGAUUCUAUGUCCGCUGCAGAGGUUGGCACAGGCCAGUACGCCACAACAAAAGGCAUCUCUCAGACCAACUUGAUCACCACUGUGACUCCGGAGAAAAAGGCUGAGGAGGAACAUGGUGAGGAAGAGGACAGGAGGAAGAAGGCCGAGGAAGCCACCCCCGUCACAGCCCUCCGGCAUGAGGGAAAGUCACCCGGGCAUGGCACUGACUUACGCCCCUCUUCACCUCCAUCAACCCAUCUUGACCCUCCAUUCCCCACAGAGCUCCGCAGGAGGUGUAAGGAGAAUGAAAACCCCUUUACAGGUUCUGUGCUGCCUAAAGCUGAGCCAGCCCUGGAGUCUGAUGGCCAGGGGAUGGCUUACCUAGGGGACCAAGAUGUGGCAUUUAGUUAUAGGCAGCAGACUCGAAAAGGAAUUACACUGUUCUCCUUCUCCUUACAGCUCCCUGAAUCAUUCCCCUCCCUCCUAGAUGAUGACGGGUACCUCUCCUUCCCCAACCUGUCUGAAACCAACAUCCUGCCCCAGAGCUGGCAGCACUUCCUGCCCAUCCGUUCACCCUCCCUCCUACCCUGCUUCCUCUUCAUCUUCUUCUUCCUGCUGUCUGCCUCCUUCUCGGUACCAUACGCCCUCACUCUCUCCUUCCCUCUGGCUCUGUGCCUCUGCUACCUGGAGCCCAAGGCGGCCUCCUUGAGCGCCUCCCUAGACAAUGACCCGAGUGACAGUUCAGAGGAAGAGACGGACAGUGAACGGACGGAUACAGCCGCUGAUGGAGAGACCAGCGCCACCGAGUCGGACCAGGAGGAAGAUGCAGAGCUGAAGGCACAGGAGCUAGAUAAAACUCAAGAUGAACUGAUGAAACACCAAACCAACAUUAGCGAGCUGAAAAGAACCUUCUUAGAAACCUCUACGGAAACUGCCUUAACAAACGAGUGGGAAAAGAGGCUUUCCACAUCCCCUGUUCGACUGGCUGCCAGGCAGGAGGAUGCUCCCAUGAUUGAGCCACUUGUACCUGAGGAGACUAAACAGUCUUCUGGGGAGAAGCUCAUGGAUGGCUCGGAGAUCCUCAGUCUGUUAGAGUCUGCACGAAAACCCACCGAGUUCAUAGGAGGGGUUUCAUCUACUACCCAGAGCUGGGUGCAGAAACUGGAAACGAAGACGGAAUCCGUUGAAACCGAGGUGGAAUCAACCCUACCCUCGCAGCCCCUCGGCACUGAGAAGGUGCUGCAGGAGACAGUGUUGGUGGAGGAGAGGCGCGUGAUGAGUGUGUGUGGGAGCGGGGACGCUUCCCACACGGAGGGGGACGGUGUGGAUGCAGCAGAGUCCACAACUGCAGAUCCUCACAGUAUGAAAGGAAAGGAGGCCUCUUCUGUGGCAGAAGCAGCAAAGGAAGAAAGAGGAGAGGAGGCUGACAAGUCUAUCCCUGAGCAGGAACAGCCAGCCCCUGUCUCCCAGGAGGAAGAGCAGGUGGUGGCCAUGCACCCUUCUGAGGCUUUGGAACAGAAAUCUCAUUUUGAGUCAUCCACGGUGAAGAUGGAAACCAUGAGUGUGGGCAGUGUUUCUCCAGGAGGAGUAAAGCUAGAAAUCUCUACCAAGGAAGUGCCAGUAGUACACACAGAAACAAAAACCAUCACAUACGAGUCAUCACAGGUUGAUCCUGGGGCAGAUCUGGAGCCAGGUGUGCUAAUGAGCGCACAGACGAUCACAUCUGAAACCACAAGUACCACCACCACCACACACAUCACCAAAACUGUGAAAGGAGGCAUUUCAGAGACAAGAAUUGAAAAGCGAAUAGUCAUCACAGGAGAUGCUGACAUUGACCAUGACCAGGCUCUGGCUCAGGCAAUUAAAGAGGCCAAAGAGCAGCACCCCGACAUGUCAGUGACCAAAGUAGUGGUCCAUAAAGAGACAGAAAUCACACCAGAAGAUGGAGAGGAUUGACCAGAGGAAUAACUUAGCUUGCACAUGAACCCAGUCAUAUAAACCGUUAGGCAAACCGGAGCCUAUGUGGAGUUCCCUCUUCUAACCCAACUGACUUGCAUCUGUCCGUGGAAAAUUCCAGAAGAACUGACCUUGACCAUUAAUGAAAGACACUGGCAGAGAGACCGUCCCAUCAUAAAGCAAUCCGAGUCAGCAUCACUAAACUGAUGAUACUGCAUGAAGCAAUGAUAAAAAUCACAACAGAACCGCACUUUUAAUUUUCACCAAAAUAUCUGUUUUCAACUCUACCUGCACGUUCAUAACCAACAGUGUAAACCGUGAUCUCAUGUAACACAUCAACAACUCAUGCCUUUCAUAGUUUAUUAUUAAAGUCUCAACAAAAUCGCAGUUUCAUAGGUGACAAAUUCUGUUUACAAAUAAAUGUUAAUUACCCUAAAAUGCUAUCAGCCGUCUAGGUCCGGUGUGUCUGAUUUACCCCAGAUUAGAUGUGCCAAUAACCAACUUUAUUCAGUGAACAACUUGAAUCUUGUCCUUGUCUAAUUUGGCUUUAUUAUUCUCACCCAUAAGCAGUAAUGACUCUCUGACCCUCUAGAAAUAUUUAAUGCUUACAGUCUUGCUUUGUGUCUAAUUUGUUAUAAGAUAGAACUGAUUUUAGCACACUGAUGUAAUUUCUUCCUAGCCAUUCACUCUGGUCUGCGUUCAAUCCAGAAAGAUUCUCAGAAUUACCUAAGCAAACCCUCAAUGUGUAAAUUAUCAUUGUUUGGGGAAGAAAAACCUGUAUUUUUGUUAGCUUACAAUAUUAUAAAAAUUCACUCCAGGAAUACCUGUUGGGCUACUUUUGCUUUGUUGUUUUUCUUUUCCUCGUAUUUUGUUCAUUGAUUAUUUUUUUCUUCUUUUACUUGAACAAAAAGGUGUUUUAUUUACAAAUCUGGUCCAUAUUUACAAUCUAGUUCAGAGCCAAGCCUUAAAUUGUACAGAAUUUCCACUGUAAUUAAACUAUUUAGUGUUUAGUUAUAAAUAGCCUCCAGAAAGAUAUAUUCUCCAUUACACUGUCAACUGCAUCACAGCCCGUUGUGAAUGAUGUCACUGCAUCGCAAAAUAAAAAUAGCAAAUGCAUUGAAAGCUCUAA